AACAAAUCUCGGAGCUUGCGGCCGCCGUCAGCACUCGCCUCCCUGGCCCACACUGUACUCCACUGCAAUUCGCACCGUAACAAUCCUUCUUGGCACUGUCUGAAAUUGCGGUUCCUGUCAGCCCCCACCCAAGUUCUCUGUGUAAUGUGUGGGUUUGGCCGCCCUCUUCUCAUUCACCCAUCCUCCCCUUCUGAAUUCUCCUUCUGCAUUCUCUCACCACUUCAACGUCGGUCUGUUGACCUCCCGACAAACUUUGGCUCAAUCCCAGCAGCAAGUCUUCGUGAUUUGCGCUGGCCUUGGCCGUCCACUCCUUUGAUACUUGAAUCUUGUUGGAAACAGCAUCUCAGUUGCCUAAUUCUUUGUUGCUGUCUCCCAGCAGUUGGAGCCGUCCGAGUUGUCGAUCAAUGAUCGCAGGCUGCAAUUGUUUGUUAAUCAUUUAAUUACCCCCCUCUAUUGGCCGAACCACGACCAGACCAACGUCGUUACCUCGACCGCGAUCGCAGACUG